UUCAUAUUUUACUGUAAUGUUUAAACCGCCACUUGGCGUUCAACAGUGCCAUGAGAGUACCCUCAGAAAAAGUCUUAUAAAUAGGCCAUUCUUACCAUCUCUUCACUUGUACACAAAAGCUUCAUCUCAUUUUAUAACAGGGUCAAGAACUCAACAUGGCACUAACCCUUCUUAUGGUUGUUGCUGUUCUUGGGAAUGUUGCUUCAAUGUCUCUUUAUGCUGCACCAACGGUUACCUUCAAAAGGGUCAUAAGGAAGAAAAGCACAGAAGAGUUUUCAUGCAUUCCUUACAUCAUAGCCCUGAUGAACAGUCUCCUUUACACUUGGUAUGGUUUGCCAGUAGUAAGCAACAAGUGGGAAAAUUUUCCUCUUGUCACAGUUAAUGGAGUUGGGGUUCUCUUUGAACUAUCUUACGUUCUCAUCUAUUUCUGGUUUUCUUCACCCAAAGGAAAGGUGAAGGUGGCCAUGACAGCAGCAGCAGUUCUUACAGUGGUCGGUGUCAUUGCCAUUGUAUCAACUUUUGCCAUCCCCGAUCAUCGUCACCGAAAGCUUCUGGUGGGUAGCGUAAGCCUGGGGGUGUCAAUAGCACUGUAUGCGUCGCCUUUGGUUGCAAUGAAGAAAGUGAUAGAAACCAAGAGCGUGGAAUUCAUGCCUCUGCCUUUGUCUUUGAGCUCCUUGUUGGUCAGUUUACUGUGGAUGACUUAUGGUCUCCUCAUUCGUGAUAUUUUCGUUGCGGGGCCAAAUGUGGUUGGAACUCCGUUGGGCAUCCUGCAGCUGGUUCUGCACUGCAAAUACGGGAAGAGGAGACAGAAGGAAGAAGCGAACAAGCAAAUCGGGCACGAGGAAAAGUUGGACAUGGAAAUGGGACAUCAUAAGAACGAGAAUGUUCCUAGUAACUGAGAUUCGGUGUACUAAUAUUACCUAUCUUUAAUUUAUGUCUUUUUUAUACUUUUUCUUUUUUCUUUAUACUAAUUUUGUAUCACGUCUAUUGAUAAACAUAUAAGUAUUAAAUGAAAUGGGUCACAAACUUGAAUGUUAGAAGUGACCGUGACUUCCUGUACUAA